CCGAGAGUGAAAGUCUGGACGUGUCGGCUGUGAAGUUUACAGAAAACUAUCCAUAUUUAAACUUCAUCUUUUAGGUGAUUGCUGCAAAACAAACAAAGGAAGACAACGGAAAUAAUUCAACUGCAGAUCGCAUGUAGACUUUUUCUGGUUUUUUUAGCUUUCAGGGUCUACAAGAUGGUCUCAACCGCCAUACAGACUGCUAUUUUGUUUGUUCUCGUAUCAGUGGUCAAAGAAAAUCAUGCUCAAGCAUUCUAUAGGGGAAAGAUAGAAAUGAUUCCGGAUGUAACGCAACAAGUGAUCCAGUCCGGAUCCAACAUAACAUUGACAUGCAUAGCUGAUAGUUAUUUGGAUCGUGCUGGGGUUAAUAGAAUCUCCUGGCUAUUCGACAAUAUCGUCAAAUAUCCGUCUGCUGACAUUGACAACCGUCUUCACAAGGCUUAUGCAAGAAACGACACGAAAGUCUCUUCGACGUUGACUCUUACAAACGCCACGCCCAGAGAAACGGGGUAUUUUAAUUGUGCCUUCGGUGGCGAAAAUAACAGAGACGUUAAUGUCAAACAAUACGUCUACAUCAAAAGUGAUACAGAACUUAUUUUCAUCGAUGCCCAUGAAGUACCAAAUUUACGUCGACAGGAGUUCUUUGUUCGAAAAGACGGAUUUCUCUCUAUCCCUUGCAAACCCACCAGUCCUGACGUCACCGUCUACCUUGUUCACGAGUCUCUUUAUCACGGAGUAGGUCUUGCUGACCUUGGGGAUUACCUCUACCAAAAAGAAUCGUGGUUAACCGACGAAAGAUUCAUCAAAGAGCCCACUAACAUUUCUUUGACUGAUGCGACUUCGAAUUGGUCGUUCGAUCCAAAACAAGGACCGAUCCUAAAGGAAGCAAAACUUAGCGACACAGGAAGAUAUCAUUGCGUCGGUUCAAUGAAAAAUGUCACACAAGAAGACGAAUUUCAUAUUAUCGUCUCAGGAAUGGAACUGGAAAGAGUUGACGGUCUUGACGAUCCGGUGGAAGGAAGUAACGUUUCUUUCAUCUGUCGCACCGUCGACGUGGACCAAAGCUCAUUAAAAUGGUUCUUUCAAAUUAAAGAUACUGGAGAAAUGCAAAUGAUAAAUGAGACGAAUCCACCUCAAGGCAUUCAAGUAACGACGAACGACCUACUUUCUUUUGGGCAAAGCCGACUGGACCUGAUCGAAAUCACUCGAGAUACCCCCACAACUUUUCGAUGCGAUGCUCGUAGGGCUAGAGACCGACAGACAAUAUCCCAGACAAUUUCUUUCCAAUUCAAAGAAAUCAACGGCCCAAUGCUAGUACCAAUCAUCGUUGUUGUGAUACUGUCAGCUUUAAUUAUCAUUGGAAUAGGUGUCGGCGUUAAAUUCUACCUAGAUCAGAAGCGAAAAGCUUUUACAGGCGCAAACAAAUUACUGAGUGGAAACCCUAACGGCAUUGAUGAUCAAAUACCGAUGGAGGACCAGAUUGAAUAUCUGCCCUACGACAGGCGAUGGGAAUUUCCAAGACACCGUCUGAAACUAGGCUCACAGUUGGGAACAGGAUGUUUUGGUCGAGUCGUUAGAGCCGAAGCCGUCGGGAUCAAGGACUCUGAGGAAACCGUCAAAACGGUGGCCGUCAAAAUGAUCAAAUCGGCAACCAACGUCGCAGCCCUGGAAGCCCUGGUUAGUGAACUGAAAAUCCUUAUCUACUUGGGGUCACACCUUAACGUCGUCAAUUUAUUGGGGGCCUGCACCAAACAAAUAUCCAGAGGAGAACUUUUUAUCAUCGUGGAAUACUGUCGAUUCGGAAAUUUACAAACGUUUCUGACCAGCAACAGGAACAACUUCAUAAAUCAGGUGGACGAAUUUGGUGAGCUGAAAGCAGAAAACGAUAACGAAUUAACAGACGGCGUCAUUCACAGUUCUGCAUCCAUGCCAAAGUGUUCAGUAGUAGACGGAAAUCAAGAAGGGAACCUGGAUGCUGAUCUGUCACACACGAAUGAAGCAUUUGAAAUGUCGACUAUUGAUAUUCCAAAAACGACAACCCAAGAUUCGCCUCAACUGGAAAACACUUUCAAUCCACCCAUCUCAACCCGAGAUUUAAUUUCUUGGUCCUUUCAGAUUGCUCGAGGAAUGGACUACUUGACUGAAAAAAAGGUCCUCCACGGUGAUUUGGCGGCCCGAAAUAUUUUGCUGGCCGACGACGGAGUGGCCAAAGUGGCCGAUUUCGGCAUGGCCAAGAAAAUGUACUACGAGGGCAAUUACGAGAGAACAGGACUAGGAUUGAUGCCAGUCAAGUGGAUGGCCAUCGAAUCCCUGACGGAUCGCAUCUUUUCGACAGAAUCGGACGUCUGGUCCUAUGGUGUUCUUCUAUGGGAAAUAUUUACGCUCGGAAAAAUUCCAUACCCAGGAAUGGAUGUUGGUCACGAAAUCGUCAGAGAAAUUCAAAAGGGAUAUCGCAUGGAGAAACCCGAAUUUGCACCCAAUUUGUUUGGGGAAAUUAUGGCCAACUGUUGGAAAAAGGACCCGAAGGAUAGACCCACGUUCAGGCAAUUAGAAGAGACCAUCGUCGUCCAACUGGAAUCAUCGGUCACCUCAAAUUACUUGAACAUGAACGAACCUUACGCCAAACUCAAUGAAGAAAUGGAAAAUGCGACUCCAGCGGACAGUUUCGGCCUGGCAAAGUUAUUGAAAAGAAAGGCUUCCAGUCGUCCCUCAGUACACCUUUUUCGUUUUUCUAAAAAUACGUUUUAGUUUAGACUUUUUCACAAUUUCCCCUCCUAUCAUUUUACUGUUAUAUUUCUUAAUCACGACAAAUUUUCUCCUAGGAUUUGUUCUGUUUUUAUUAUUAAAGACACAAUUUCAUUUAAUAAAAGAUUUUAUUAUUUAAA